AUGGACCAACCCUCUGCCGCCGCAGCAGCUUCAGCAUUCUCUUCUUCAUCUUCAUCUCCUGCCGUCGCUCCGGUUCCCUCGUCCAAUGGCUCCGUACACUUACUAGCUGCUACCACUUGUUCUGUCCCUGCAGAUUCACCAUCACCUCCCUUAGAAGCGGAAACUUCUCAGCUUGGUUCCCCUUCUCCGGCAGCAAAUGUAUCCAUUUCAUCAUCAUCAUCAUCUUCUUCUGCAUCUUCCUCAUCUCCAGAAAAACCCCCAGCAUCUAUCCUUGCCGUUUCGAAAUCAAAGAAACAAAUCAAGCCAAAGUCUCUCAACUCACUCUUCCUUAAGGUUCAAGCUUCUUCUAGUUCUCCAGCAACUCACCAACCUUCCUCCAAUGCAUUUGCUUCUCAACCAAAAUUAGAAAGCCCUUCUGUCUCGAAACCUAGUCCUGUUGUCAGUACUUAUGCAUCGCUUGCAAGUAGCAAGUCUACUAGGAGCCACCACCAGAUAACAUCCAUGUCAACCGCCACUGGUGCAUUCAAACUUGCAACAACCAUGCGCCGUGAGGCCUCCCCAUUUCAAAAAUCUACCAAUCUAUCAUCCUCAGGUUCAACCGGAAGCCCUCGAUCAGACGUGGUCUCUACUGUUUGGAAACGUACGGCCGAUGAAACGUCGGCAACUCUUCCAGCGGCAACCACCAACUCAACAACAACUACUUCAGUUACAAAGCAAAGUAAUGACACCUCAGCCAGUAUUGCUACAACUACAACUACAACUACAGCUACCAUUACCACUACCACUACUACAACAACUGCACCAGCUUCUACCACACACCAAGCACCCGUUAAAAACGUUACAUUUGAUGACUCGGUAAAGGACACAAAGUCCAAUGCCUCAGCCCAAGCUUCAACAGCCACAGCUACCACAGAUGAUGAUGAUGGUGAUGAUGAUGACAUUUCGGAAGAAGAACUCCUUCGCAGAGGAAUUUAUCUUACUCGCCGUCUUUCAGCUGAUGCCCCUCGCAGAGAAUUCAACUGGGAUGAAGAUGAUGACAUAUCUUGGGAUGAAAUUGCAAAGUCUACCUUCUUGGACUUUGCUGACAAGCCAUCAUCAUCUUCUGUUACUAGCACUUUAAAAAAUUCUUCUACUGCAGUAGAGUCAACCACUGAAUCUGCGUCAUCAUCAUCAUCUUCUCAGAAAAAGUAUGAACCCCCCCAUAAGUCCUCUACAUCAACAACCACCUGGAAAGUCCCGCAGGUAUCUAGUAACUUUGUUCCCAUCUCUAAACAAAUCCAGGAGUUGUCAGAACAAAGGCAACAGCAACAGCAACAUCUACAUCUACAUCUACAUCAACAUCAACAACAACAUGAACAAGAACAAGAACAGCAGCAGCACAACCAACGUUACUGGAACAGUGGCUCCGGCUACAACCAAAAUUAUACCGAUAAUGACGGACCAAAGGUAGAUAACCGCUACCGCUUUUCUGAUUAUGAACGACGUUAUCGCCCUGAAAACCCCUCAUCUUCAAAGCCUGAGCUCUUCAACGAGCACAGCGGCCAAAUUGAAACUUUUGUCCAUCGUCACAGAGGAAGCAACAGUAAUAAUAUCCGCACUGGUGGCGGCCCAGGCGGUCGCAGAGGCUCAGAAAAUGUUCUCGAAACGUAUGAACGCCGCCACUCUGGCUUCCACGAUGAUGAUUUCCAAGAAAAUCGCCGCGGUGGCUCUCCCAUCCGUCGCUACCACACUCCUCAUCAUGAGCCCAACCAACCUCGCUUUUAUCGGUCGGAAACUUUGGAGCGCCAAGAAGAUGCCAUGAGACUUGCCCGUGAAAAUGCAAUCAAACGUCGUGAAGAGGAACUCCGUCUCGAGCGGGAGCGAGAAGAAGCUACUCGUCGCAAGGCUGCUGAGCGUUUGGCUAAACUCGAGGCAAAGCUUCAAAUGGAGCACGAGGAAAAACAGCGUCGUGAAGAACAGGAAAAGGCUAAAACCGAACAACAAUCAGAUAAUCAUGGCCAACGUAACAAUAGUCUUAGUGGUGAAGAUAAUGCUGCAAUCCGAGCUGUAAACUCUCUCAUUGAAGAGAGCAAUACCACAAACAACAAAAAUGACGGAAUGCGGACUUGGGAUAAUGAUUCUAAAGAAGCGACUGGUGAUGGUAGUGGUGGUGCGUCUUCUACCGUGGUAAAUAGUCCUGGAAACAAUACAACGUUGUCUCAAGGACCUUAUCAGGACCAUGAACAAAAUGCGAUGAGUCCUGCUGAUGGGCCAAAUAACUUUUGGAUGCCCAUGCAUGGUCCCAGAGCUUCUGAGGACCACCAAGUUUGGGGCUCAUCAACUUUCCCAACUAAUCAUCACCACCCUCACAACCACCACCACCACCACCAAAAUCUUUACUCAAAGCCUGCUGUAAAUUCAACUCCUGCUGCAGCUCCAGGAGCUGCUAGUGGCUCUCAUAUACUUCCUGCUUGGGGGAAUCUUGCUGGUUCAGAGCACCAUCCAUUUGAUCAUCAAUUCAAUGGUGAUGGGUCUUCUACAUCUUCUUCUACUUCGGUUCUUGUUCCCGAACCUUCAUGGAAGAAUCAGCCCGCAUCUUCACAACAAUAUACUCAAGAUCAACAACAGCAUCAAGAUCAACAACAGCAACAGCAACAGCAACAGCAACAGCAACAGCAACAGCAACAGCAACAGCAACAGCAACAGCAACAGCAACAGCAACAGCAACAGCAACAGCAACAGCAACAGCAACAGCAACAGCAACAGCAACAGCAACAACCCUCACAAAGACAGCAGCAAAGAUCUUCCAAACAACCUAGCCAGCGUUCGGCGUCACUCCCUAGCAGCCCAAUGGCUUCCAUGCAUUCCCAUCCUCACCAACAAAGCGUCUCGGAGUCUUCAAGCAAUAAUGGAAGCACUUCCAAACUUGUUUCUCGUUCGUCUGGGUUACACGAGCCUCCAUCUAUGGCUCGCGGAUUUUCACGAUUCUUCCCCACUGGCGGUGUCGAUGACAUGUACCCCCAACAGCAUUCUCCUGUCGAAAGUCUUGCUUCUAUUGCAUCUCCUGGUUCCUUUUCCCAAAUCGCAGCCGCAUCUUCUUCUUCCCCUAUUGCUUCUGAUGUUUCUUCUACUAACGGCAUGUUUUCUUCUUACCAAUCUGUUACCCCACCACGCUCAAUACAUGGCGGUAAUGUCGGGCAUACUACUGGAGCUCCCCAUGCAGUACCUUUUAUUCCAGCUGGCGCAGGCCCUAUCACCCCAACUGGAGGAACUGGCCUUCCGCCUCCCUCUGCAUUUUUCCCCGGAGGCGGCCCGGGACUUCUUUCUGCCCAUAUUCCAGAAAUGAUUGUGACUAGUGGGAAUGGUAGUGCUGAAGAACUUGCAUAUCUUGCAGAAAUUGGAUUCCCCUAUGGCUUGGGCCAUCCAGUAGUUGCUGCUGCUGCUGCUGCUACUGCUUCUGUCAGUACUAACAAUGUUGGUAACCCCCAUGUAGCGGUGUCUCCUAUUUCUGCUACCGUGCCGUACAUGCCAAACAUUGCUAUUCCACCCUCAGCAUUGCAUCACACGCGUGCUCCAAGUUUUAACAAUAUACCUGAUGAAACUCUUUUUGCUGAUAUUGUACGAACUGUUAUGAAUCCUCGCAUCUCACUCCCACCAUCUCGCGCACAACAAGAUAUUGCAUCCCAGUUUAAAACUGCACCAUCUAUUAAUUCCAUCCAAGCUCUCCAAUCAACUAUUGCUGAAAAGCUUAGCAACACAGGAUCACCUCUUCGAAGCAAUAAUACUCUUACUCCAAAAUCAACUAACUCAGUUGGCCAUCAUCAGCAGCACAAACAUUACCAGCCACAGCAGCAGCCACAGCAGCCGCUACAACAGCCGCAACUGUCUCAUUCAAUAACCGUUUUCUCCAAGGACUUGCCGUUUCCGGUCUCACCUAUUGUUUUAUCAGAAAAUAUUCCACCUUUUAACUCCUUGGACCCCAAACGUACUUCCACAAUCCAAACGGUUUUCACUCCUCAGGCCACUAACCAGGAGGAAAUCUAUACUCCAGUUAUGCGUGGCACCAAUUCUAACAAUACUGUUACUAACAACAAUAGCAAAACCGCUACGUCUACCACUUCCCAUAAUGGACCUACCAGUUUUAUCAUUCCAUCUAUGGUCAAGGUUCAACAAAAACAACAACAACAACCCUUUUUAAAUAAUCAUAUAUCUUCUGUCGUCAUUUCUGAUCUGGAGGUAACUAAAGAAGAGAAUGGGGAACAAAUUAAAGAGACAUUGAUACCGAUUAACCACGAAUAUGCUAAUGAUGAACCUCUCGGCACUGAGCUUAAUCCUCAAUCACGACUUGGAAAGUUUGAGGACCAAUUCCGGGAGUACAUUGACGAGCUGGACCAGUCACAUGGAAGCAAGGUUCCCAUUGCAAUGCCUUACUAUAUGUCUUCUGAAUAUAAUCCCGCUCUUGCAGAAACAGGAGAGAAUCGAUGUGAAAUUCCUCCUGAGGAUUGGGACAAGGGGCUUGUUGUUCCUAAGGAUCAGUUUUUGUGCACCCUUUUCUUUUGGUCCGAAACACAAGCCACAGCUUUCAACAGAGAGUUUAAACCGCGCAUCAACUCACGCGUCUCGCUACUUAUCCCAGGCAACAGUAACAAGAUUCUUACGCAGUACAGAGUCGGUGCUACUCCAACAUUGUACACAAACACGAGUGCAACGUCACUUGACGAGCUUAUUGAAACUCAAACAACAGCAGCAGCAGCAGCAACAGCAGCAGCAACAGCAGCAGCAUCGGCAGCAGAGUCAGCAGCAGCAUCGGCGGCAGUAUCGGCAACUACUGCAUCUUCUGGACGCUCCAAAACAUCAUCUAAGCGUGGUCACAAUGGAGGUCACCGGACAGGGUCUCCAGGAUUGUCUACAUCUUCUUCGACCUUCUCAACAGAGUCGACUUUAACAACUUCACAAACCAAUGGCCCUAAAAUCCGGUCCAAGCGCAGCGCAUCGACGUCCUUGUUAGGCCCGUUGGGUCGUGGGCCACGUCGGUUGAGCUCUAACCAUGGCAGGAAUGGUGGGAGUGGCAGUAGCAAUGGACGCAUGUCGAGUGGCCGAGCUCACCGGUCUUCUGCACCAACGUCUUCCAGCACUGUGACUUCAGCUAAAGUCAAGGUGUAA